AUGUCCCGAGCAGAUGAAAAGAUGUCGAGAAACGAGCUGCCCAUCAUAACAGCUGCAGAGGUGGCCGAACAUACUGAGAAGACCGACUGUUGGGUUAUCUUGCAUGGUGGUGUCUACGAUGUGACCAGUUUUCUCGCCGAGCACCCAGGCGGUCCCACGGUCAUACUGAGUAACGCAGGCAAGGAUUUGACUGAUCAUUUCGAGGAGAUCGGCCACUCUGAUUUUGCGAGGAGAAUCGCAGCUGAGCAUAGAAUAGGGAUUCUUGAGGGAUGUGAGGACGCAUACAGAAUCCCCGCCUUGGCAGAGGUGAGCCAGUCAAGCACAUUAGCAGGCCUCCCAGGAGUGCUGACUUGGAUGGUUGUCGCAGUAGCGAUUGCCGCUAUCCUUUUGGUGUUCAACCAGUAA